GAAUUCAAUUGCGAUCCCACUCGGCGGUUACUCUCGUCCUCUCCGUUUUUGCCAACAUCCCAAGAAACCAGUAGUCAGAAAUCUCCGCCGUCGCCGGCGAGAUUAGAUUCGCCGGAAAAAUUGGAACUAGAUAAAGUAUAAUAGAUUCGAGAAUUAUGGAUCGGAGUUCGUUGGGAAGAGGCUCAACCAGUUCGGCGGCUUCCGGUUCUGGUACAGCAUCAUCAAAAGAGGAAAAAAUUGAUCAACUGUUCUAUAGAUAUGCCACAAAAUCUUCCGGGGUGAUCGACCCAUCUGGAAUAGACUUGCUUUGCGCUGAUUUGCAACUUGAUGAUAAAGAUUACCAAAUGUUAUUGCUAUCUUGGAAAAUGAAGGCACGCAGAAAAGGGUACUUCACCGUGGAGGAAUGGCGAAGAGGUCUCACCACGCUGCACGCAUAUACUUUACCCAAGUUGCGGGAUGGAAUAUAUACUCUUUACCUUGAGGUCAGAGUGCCAUCAAAUUUUCUCAAAUUAUAUUCCUAUGCCUUCAAAUAUUCUUUGACCGAUGUGAGGCAGAAAACCUUAGACAUCGAAACUAUAUGCGACAUGUUGGAGCUUAUUCUAGGCUCGGAUCAUCGUGCUCAAGUGGAUGCUCUUAUCGCCUACCUGAAGGCUCAACGAGAUUAUUGGAUGAUUUCCAAGGAUCAGUGGUUGGGAUUCUAUAGGUUCUGCAAAGAGAUUAAUUUUCCUAGCCUGAACAAUUACAGUCUAGAUCAUGCUUGGCCUGUUAUCCUCGACAACUUCGUCGAAUGGAUGAAGUCUACGAAGGAGUAGUCGUCGAAAGUUACAAAAACAAGGUUAAGCCAAACUCUUCUCAUGUCAGUUAAUAUGUUGCAUCUAAAGAAACAAAAAAUAAAUAAAAAUCUAUAACAAUGUUAGAGUAAGUUUGAAGAUACUCUUAGGGUGUGUUUGUUUGGGAGAUUGGAUUAGAUUUUUACUAUUCAUCCCAUUCCCCUCCCCCCAAAAUAUCAAAUCAAACACCUAUUUUUUAUUUUUUAUAUUAUACUAAAAUUCAAUUUUUUACAUUCAAAACAUCACAUCAAACACCUAUUUAUAUUACAUCAUACAACUAUUCAAAUUUAAAAUUUUUACUAUUCAAAUCCCAACUCAAAAUCCAAACUCUCAAACAAACACACCCUUAGAUUAUUCUUCGAUUUGGUAGUGUUGGAAAAUGUCCCAAAAUAUAAAUAAAAUAAACAAAUAAAUAAAAGAAGAUGGUUAUUU